AUGGAGGAAGGCCAAAAGCCAGUUUACUUCAUCAGCAAAGUGCUGCAAGGGGCUGAGCUGCGGUAUCAACAAGUUGAAAAAGUCGCCCUCACACUCAUUUUUGCGGCACGAAGGCUGAGGCCAUACUUCCAGUGCCACCCUAUCAUUGUCAGAACCAAUCAGCCCAUCCGCCAAGUCUUGCACAAGCCAGACCUCGCAGGACGAAUGAUGUCCUGGGCGAUUGAGCUCUCAGAAUACCAGAUCAGUUAUGAGCCAAGAACCGCCAUCAAAGCUCAAGCCCUCACUGAUUUCAUUGCUGAGAUGACACAAAAUCCUCCACCCAGUGCCCAAACCGCUGAGACGCCGAUGUCGGCGAUAUGGAAACUAUACGUUGAUGGCUCAUCAAACGCCAAAGGCUCAGGUGCAGGAAUGAUAGUUGAAAAUCUAGACGGUGUUGCUGUCGAACACUCCCUGUCUUUCGAAUUCAAUGCCACGAACAACCAGGAGGAAUAUGAGGCCAUGAUUGCAGGCCUAAUUCAAGCAAGGGAGAUGGGCACCAGACAUCUCAAAGUCUUCAGUGAUUCCCAGUUAGUAACGUUUCAGAUCCUUGGUGAAUACCAAACCAAAGGACCGUUAAUGUGCAGGUACUUAGAGAAGGUCAAAGAGUUAAUCCAAAGCUUUGAAAGUGUCGAGGUGGAGCAUAUCAGGCGUGCCGAAAACACAAGGGCAGAUAUCCUCGCCAAGCUAGCGAGCACCAAAAGCCCAGGUAACAAUCGUUCUGUAAUCCAACACAAUAUGCCUAACCCAUGCAUAGUCAUGAGCAUUUCAGAGUCAAACCCUGAAGUCGCCAAAGAGACCUGGAUCACGCCCAUUGUCAACUACUUAGCUGAAAGGGUUCUACCUCUCGACCAAAAGGAAGCUAUAAAGAUCGUAAGAAGAAAUGCCCAUUUAUGCAUGGUACACGGGCGAUUGUACAAGCGAGGACUCUCAACUCCAUUCUUGAAAUGUCUGAACCCUGGCGAUGUUCAGUACGUUUUAGAGGAAAUCCAUGAAGGGAUCAACGGCCACCACAUGGGCGGUCACUCGCUAGCAAAGAAAGCGCUAAGAGCUGGAUUUUAUUGGCCAACCAUGGAGCGUGACGCCCAUGAGCAUGUCAAAAAAUGUGAAAAAUGCCAGAAGUUUGCCGACGUACACAAAGCUCCACCUGAAGAAAUGACAUCAAUCACCUCACCUUGGCCUUUCUACAAGUGGGGAAUCGACAUUCUGGGUCCCUUUCCCAUGGCGGCUGGCCGGGUCCAAUGGUUAAUUGUCGUCAUUAACUACUUUACCAAGUGGGUAGAGGCAGAACCCUUGGCAACAAUUACAUCUCAGAGGGCAAGGAAGUUAUUUUGGAGGAGCAUUGUCUACCGCUUCGGUAUUCUAGCGGAAGUCAUUACAGAUAAUGGUACCCAAUUCACCGACACCAAAUUCCAAGAGUUAAUGAGCAGUCUGUAG